AUGGAGCGGCCGGCGCCGCUGGCCGUGCUGCCCUUCUCCGACCCCGCACACGCGCUGAGCCUGCUGCGCGGCCUGAGCCAGCUCCGCGCCGAGCGCAAGUUCCUGGACGUGACCCUGGAGGCGGCGGGCGGGCGCGACUUCCCGGCGCACCGCGCCGUGCUGGCGGCCGCCAGCCCCUACUUCCGCGCCAUGUUCGCCGGGCAGCUGCGCGAGAGCCGCGCCGAGCGGGUGCGCCUCCACGGCGUGCCGCCAGACAUGCUGCAGCUGCUGCUCGACUUCAGCUACACGGGCCGCGUGGCCGUGAGCGGCGACAACGCCGAGCCGCUGCUGCGCGCCGCCGACCUCCUGCAGUUCCCGGCGGUGAAGGAGGCGUGCGGCGCCUUCCUGCAGCAGCAGCUCGACCUGGCCAACUGCCUGGACAUGCAGGACUUCGCCGAGGCCUUCAGCUGCGCGGGGCUGGCGAGCGCGGCGCAGCGCUUCAUCCUGCGCCACGUGGGCGAGCUGGGCGCCGAGCAGCUGGAGCGCCUGCCGCUGUCGCGCCUGCUGCGCUACCUGCGCGACGACGGGCUGUGCGUGCCCAAGGAGGAGGCCGCCUACCAGCUGGCGCUGCGCUGGGUGCGAGCCGACCCGCCGCGCCGCGCCGCGCACUGGCCGCAGCUCCUCGAGGCCGUGCGCCUCCCCUUCGUGCGCCGCUUCUACCUGCUGGCGCACGUCGAGGCCGAGCCGCUGGUGGCGCGCUGCCCGCCCUGCCUGCGCCUGCUGCGCGAGGCGCGCGACUUCCAGGCAGCGCGGUACGACCGCCACGACCGCGGGCCCUGCCCUCGCAUGCGCCCGCGUCCUUCCACCGGCCUCGCCGAGAUACUCGUGCUCGUGGGCGGCUGCGACCAGGACUGCGACGAGUUGGUCACCGUCGAUUGCUACAACCCGCAGACCGGCCAGUGGCGCUACCUGGCCGAAUUCCCAGACCACCUGGGCGGGGGCUACAGCAUCGUGGCGCUUGGCAACGACAUCUACGUGACGGGCGGGUCCGAUGGCUCCAGACUGUACGACUGCGUGUGGAGGUACAACUCGAGCGUGAACGAGUGGACGGAGGUGGCACCCAUGCUGAAGGCCCGCGAGUACCACAGCUCCUCUGUGCUCGACGGGCUGCUGUACGUGGUGGCCGCGGACAGCACGGAGCGCUACGACCACACCACCGACUCCUGGGAGGCCCUGCAGCCCAUGACCUACCCCAUGGACAACUGCUCCACCACAGCCUGCCGCGGCCGGCUCUACGCCAUCGGCUCCCUGGCCGGCAAGGAGACCAUGGUGAUGCAGUGCUACCACCCGGACACAGACCUGUGGUCGCUGGUGGACUGUGGCCAGCUCCCGCCCUGGUCGUUCGCCCCCAAGACCGUGACUCUGAACGGACUCAUGUACUUCAUCAGGGAUGACUCUGCCGAAGUGGACGUGUAUAACCCCACAAAGAAUGAAUGGGACAAGAUCCCACCUAUGAAUCAGGUGCAUGUGGGCGGCAGCCUGGCCGUCCUUGGAGGGAAGCUCUACGUCUCCGGGGGGUAUGACAACACGUUUGAGCUCUCGGAUGUGGUGGAAGCCUAUGACCCUGAGACUCGGGCGUGGAGCGUGGUGGGCCGGCUCCCGGAACCUACCUUCUGGCAUGGCAGCGUCAGCAUCUUCCGCCAGUUCAUGCCCCAGGCGCCCUCGGGUGGGCGUGGCUUUGAGCUAGACAGUAGCGCCAGUGACAUGGACGUAGGCCAGCCCAGGCCGCCGCCGCAGAACCCCCACGAGCUGCGCUAACCCCGGCCGGGCCCAGGGAGGGCCUCGAUGCAGGUAACCAGCCCGGCACCUCGAAGGGCAGUGACCCCCUCCUUCGUGCCUGAGGACAGGUUGGGCUCACCACGUGGGACGCGGGCUCCUGGGCUGCUGAGUGAGCCUCAGGAUCUGAUGCCUGGAUUGUUCUGUGCAUCUAGAACCCGAGUCCCAGCUGCUGGGGCCGAAGCCGGUUGUGAAUGCCCCUCCCUUGGUCCAGGAAGAGCUGCCUCUCUGCUGGCACAGGUCUUUGGCUGCAGCCAGACACACACACACACACACACCGCCGCCCCUGCCACCCACUUGCACCCCCCUCGGGAGAGGAGAGUCUGGGUCACCCACUCCUGCUUCUGGGGCAUGCGUGGAGGGGCCAGGUCCUCCCGGGAGAGUCUGAGUAGCCGAGGGCUGCUCUCCUGCAGGCCCUGCUGUCCUGGAGCGUUGGGAACCCAGGCAGACGGCUGCAGGGUGGUCCCAAACCCUGCGUCCCGUGCUGGUCAUCCCGGCAGGUCUUCCCCCAGGUGAAGGGGCCUCGCACAAAAGCCCCCCUGCCAGGGAUGGGCCUCAGCAGGUGAGCUCAGACCUGGGCGCAGGGUGGUGGGACUGAUAUGGCUUGAAAACAGCCCAGAGGGGUCCGCUGAGUGAGUGCUGUCUCCAGGGGACCUGGGCUGAGGCAGAUGGUUGCUGACCCUGUCCACCCACCCCACCCGCUGGUAUGUCGUCAUCCUCUGCCCUCCACCCUGGCUCAGAGACCUCUCCGGGUUCGUCCUCGAUGCAAGACGGUAAAAGCCUACGGGUGCAAGGUCGCAGCUCCUUAUUGGGAGGCCCGGGAGCUUGUGUUUGAAGCCAGCCGGGCAGCCGGCGGCGGGCGCCCUUUGCCCUUGACCUUGCCACUUCUCCAGCAAGCCUGGCAGUGUGGCUUCAAGGUUGGCUGCAAGGUUUGAAACAAGUGUGGCCUUAUCUUAAAAGACGGGGGCAGCCCUGGCCGGUUUGGCUCAGCGAUUAGAGCGUCAGC